AUGGUCUCUCCAGCAAUCAGGGUCGCUCCCUCAGCGGCCAAUCGCGCUCUGAAUCUACUACGCACAGUCCAAUACACUCACCCACCCAAUUGCCCAUGCCACGGCAACCCCAGCCACCACCAUCACCACAAGCAGACUCCUACACUGCUGAACCAAGUCAAACGUCAUCUAGCGACGCCCGUGGACCGCUCGCGCGAGAAGGAGUAUGCCUUCGAGAUGGCUGCGUCGAGUAUCCGCUUCGGCCCGGGUGCAACCAAAGAAGUCGGAAUGGACUUUACUAACUUGGGCGCCAAGCGCGUAUGCAUUGUUACCGAUUCCAAUGUCGCCAAGCUUGAUGCUAUGAAGCAGGCUGUUGAGGGUCUGACCCGCGAGGGCAUUGAGUUCACUAUCUUUGACAAAGUUCGCACUGAACCCAAGGAUAGCUCUAUAAAAGAAGCUAUUGCGUUCUGCAAGCCCUACAAGCCCGAUGCCUUCCUGGCCGUCGGCGGUGGCUCCGUAAUUGAUACCGCCAAAUUGAUGAACCUAUAUACUGCAUUCCCUGAGGCCGACUUCCUCGACUUCGUCAACGCCCCAUUAGGCAAAGGCCUGCCAGUUGACAGGCCUCUUCUUCCCCUCGUGGCAGUACCCACGACAGCCGGAACAGGCUCAGAGACAACAGGCACAGCCAUCUUCGACCUAGUCUCCAAGAAAGCCAAAACGGGCAUCGCCCACCGCAACCUCAAACCAACCCUCGGAAUCUGUGACCCUCUCAACACCCGCACAAUGCCAUCAGCUGUCCACGCAGCCUCCGGCCUCGACGUACUCUGCCACUCUCUCGAAUCCUGGACUGCAAUUCCUUACAACGAGCGCACACCCCGUCCCACAAACCCAAUCAACCGCCCCGCUUACCAAGGCGCAAACCCCAUCUCCGAUAUCUUCUCCCUAGCAGCCCUCCGUGCCACAGUCAAAUAUCUGCCCCGUGCAGUUCGUGAUCCAGACGACCACGAAGCCCAAUCUGAGAUGCUCCUCGCUGCUACCCUAGCCGGUGUCGGCUUCGGUAAUGCCGGUGUUCAUCUAUGCCAUGGAAUGAGCUACCCCAUUUCCAGCCAGAACCCCGGCUACAAGCACCACGGCUAUGAAGUCGAUCACCCGAUUAUCCCACACGGUGUCUCUGUUGCCGUUACAGCGCCAGCUGUGUUCCGCUUCACUGCGGCUUCGAAUCCGGAUCGCCAUCUUGCGGCUGCGGAGGCGUUCGGAGUUGAUAUCUCGAAUGUGAAGCGUGAGAGCGCGGGUGAGGUUCUUGGGACUGCGAUUGCGGAAUUUCUGGUUAAGCUUGGUGGACAGCCGAGAGGAUUGAAGGAUUUAGGCUUCAAGUCAUCUGAUGUGGAGGGCUUGGUUGAGGGCACGAUUCCGCAAAAGCGGGUGCUUAUGCUGGCGCCAAAUUUGAGCGAGGAGUUGCAGGCCGAGAAGGGGGAGUUGAGGAAGUUGCUUGAGCAGUCGAUGGAUUAUUAA